GGGGAGCGGGAGCGAGAGCGGCGCAGGGAGGAGGGGGGCGGAGCAGGUGACGGGGCCUGGCGUUGAAGGCCCGGCGGAGGAGGCGGCGGCGGCGGCGGCGAGCUCGGUCGGUGAGUAAAAUGGCGGCGCCGGUGGGGAGAGGGUCACCUGUGAGAGGGGGGAAAGGCGGCGGCGGCACCCCGUGAGGGGCAUGGAGGCCUUCUCCGUGGCGGGAUGCGGCGGCUGAGGGGGAAGCAGCCAUUUUGGGGCGGCGUGAGGCCUGCCUGGUGGCGCCGAGGGGUCCGCCCCCGCCUGGGCCUGCUCUCGGAGGGCGAGAGGAAGGAAGCCCCGAGACGCGGCCGGGAGGAGCGGUGGGCGGGCAGCUCAUGUCGCGGGAGACUCUGCCGCCGCCUCUUCUUCCUUACUGGGGGUUUUUCCUUCUUUCUUCCCCCCCCUCCCCCAUUUGACACGACGCGGCCUCCCCGCCGCUUCGCGCCUGUCUCGCCCUUUCCCUGAAGGGGCAGGGACAAGCUGCGGGGUUUCGCUUCUUUUUAUUGUUAUUAUUUGUGCGCUGCUCCCCCGACACUCUCGUUUUUAUUUCAAGGAAAUGCAAGCUUUCAUGGAGCCCUUUUUUUUAAAAAAAAAAAGGGGGGGGCGAAAGGGAGAAACUGGAUCCGAUUCCUGCGAAACGGAUUGGAGCGCCUCUUCUUCUCAAGUUUUAAAAAGGCGCUUCUCGUUCUGAACCUUUUUUUUGUGUGGGGGGGGAGGAGGGGAAAGGCUUUCUUUACGUUUCGGUUUUACCCAGAAACAACACACGUGGUUCAUAUUCGGAGUGACUUUUGUUUGUGUUCUAUCGGAAACCAGAGCCUUCGGCACUCAGUACACAUGUGAACCUAUAUACCGUGCAAGCAAAAUGAAAAAAGAAAGACCGAUCUUUUCUCUACCCGUGAACUUCGUAACCAUCCUCGGAUGUUACGUGUCUUAAUUAGGGACGUGUUGGUUUUUAACAGAGCUUUGGAAAGAGGAAAGCGGUUUCAGUUCUGGAUGGAGCUGUAUCAAAGGGAUGCAUCUAUCCUAAUAGAUUCCGCAGCAGUUCCGUUUAGGUGUUUAUUGUGACACAUUGCUUGAGCUUUAUCUUUAAAGGGCUUCCGGUUAGCUCAUCACUGGAGACUCCUACGAGGUGUAUAUUUUGCAACACAGUCCUCAGCAGUUUUUUCAGUUCAACCUAUGCUAUCCUUGAAGACCUAAUGAGACUGUACAGAGGUGGUAGUGUUGCUAGUGAGUGAUAAUUAAAGUGACUAAACCUAAAAUUUUGUCAAGGCAUCAUCUAGACUGAGUAAGAUACAUUUCAUGGCAGCAAGACACCAGUUUUCAGUCUGGUGUUCGGCCUUCGUGCACCCAAAAAGGGUGGGAUUAAACCAUACAGCUUAAUAGCAAUUCCAAGAUUAUUUACCUGUCCUUCCAACAAAUAAACAUGGGACUUAGUUCUUUUAUUUUACAAACAGGAAGCUUAGUGUUUGAGGGAGUGAUUGCUCAGGACCCAUUAUUAACUGUGAGACUAAUAGCAUAUGUAUGUUUAGUUGCUGCAAAGCCUCACUGAAACUUAUUCCCAAGAUUUUGUUCUGACUUGUUUUGAAUGUGGUCGUCUGACUACAGUAGCUUUCUGUGCUACACCCAAUUAAAUAUUUCACCUCUUUAAUGCUUCAUUGGAGCCAUAGUGCUUUGCAUAUUUUCUGUUAAUUUUUAAGCUACAGUUCUAUGGAAACAAGUUGAAAGAAAGGAAUUCCAAAUCAUUUUCGUUCUGUAUUGAAUAUUAUAUUUCUGUGCUGCCUGCCCAUUAUUAAGAGCAAUUCUAGGGUCAAUUAACUUAUCUAUAAAUAAGAAUGUGUGAGAAAUUACACUAGAUCUUGUUAAGGCUACAUGACACUGAAUUCUCUAGGACUUAACAUAUGAGUAGAAAUGGUUAUGGUUGUGCUGGAAAUGUUUCUUUGUGACUGAGAUGUGUAAGCAGUAAGCAUUUUUCUUUGUUAAUUCCUUCUAUCAUAAUAAAGUAUAAAUUGUGUAACUGGAUCAGACCAGUGUCUUUCUAUUUUAGUGUUUCUAAAGUUGACAAACUGUGUAGGGGAUAACCUUCAUCUGCUGUUUACCUCACAUCUUGUAACCAGAGGCAUGCUGACCAAAUUCUUUUUUCUGUCAUUUUUAAAUGUGCUUCCACACCUGUCCCCCAUCAAUUUGUCCAGUCACUUUAAAGGCUGUGAAUAAGAUCCUGCCACAAAACAUUGCAGCGUGGAAUGCUUCUGUUCAGGGUUCAAACCAUUCCAUUAUUGUGCCUGCCCCCAGCUACCCCACCUCUGCAGUAUUUGAUAGUUUGAAAAGUGCUUUUGGAUCAUGACAAAGUUAAGAGAGAACAGCAAGAACAGCUAGGUGUGAAAGCAGAUCUGAGAUGCCUUCAUAUUUGUGCCAUGGCCAUUUGCUCUAAUUAGUAAUAUGUCAUCAGAAGAUGAGCUGUGAACCAGAAAAUCAAAUCUCAGCUCCAUCAAUGUGUGUCAAUAUUCAAGCCAACAUUUCCUCAGCCUUUGUUCUGUGACACGGGGGUGUAAAGACACUUGUCUACUUUGUAGGAUUGUUGUGGGAAUUGCUGUGAGGAUAUAUAUAAAACUCCUUUGUGCACUCAAAAAGCACUACAUGUAUAAAUGCUAAUAAUGAUUAGGUGCUUGCCACUACACGUCACGAUAGCACUACUAUUAUAUAUUUAUUUAUACCCUGCCUUUUUCCCUUAUGGGACUCAAGGCAGCUUACAGAUAAAAACAAUCUCAAAAUAUAUAAACAAUUAUUAAAAACAAUAAACACUGAUAGAAUUACAACUAUGUACAUAUAAAAAUUGUUUACAACAUACAAAUAAUAUGUAGUGCUGUUUUUAUUGUAAUUAACAGUGUAUGUACUGUGAUGAGCAUUUGAUAAGAUGUAUUAACCAUUCUAUAGUUAUGCCAUGUUUUAGGGUAAUUAAAUAUGUGACCCCUGCAUAUAACGGGUUUGAUUUCCCCCUACUCCCUCUUCAAUAUAUGGGACAACUCACCUAUAUCCUGACUUCAUGAUUUGCGCUUCCUAGUCUUUCUAGUCUUCAAACACACACCCCUGCCAGCUGAUCUAUGCAUAGAAAGUUUGCUUAUGCCAAGACUGAUUACUGGACCAUCUAGACCAGAAUUGUCUCUUCUGAUUGAUAGUGGUUGUUCUGUGUCCCAACCGGAACCCUUGUUUAUCUGAGAAUGUUUUAACUGGCAGGGGAAUAGAACCUGGGAUGUUCUGCAUACAGAACAUUUGUGUUCUAAACUGAGCUGCUGUCCUGAUGGAGUACAAGCUGUGAAAUCAGGACGUGCAUAAGUUUACUGUCUCUGGUUGCUGUUUUUUACAGAGUGAACAGUAAAAGCCAUCUCGGAAAAGUAAUGAGGUAUUUGCUUGUUCUCUUGUAUCUGCUCACUCACAGUAAUUUAUCUUGCCUGUUUUUUUUCUCACCCUACCUAGUGAGGGACAAGAAUGAGUUAUGCCGAAAAACCCGAUGAAAUCACAAAAGACGAGUGGAUGGAAAAACUCAAUAAUUUGCACAUCCAGAGAGCUGACAUGAACCGCUUGAUCAUGAACUACCUUGUUACAGGUAAUCAGUCAGCUGGUUUAGCAAAUAAAGUUACCACAAUAACCAUGGACGGGUAUUCAUUUGAGACAUCAUGGGAGUAUUUGCGUAUUGCAAGAAUUUACUAACCUUUCCCCCUGUACACUGUUCUGGAGGUUCUCCUGACAGCAUACCUGACCAAUUGGGGGGAGCAAGAAGAGGCCUUUGUCAAUUCAUUAGAUGAAUCCUGUUUUAAGAAACUGGAUUUAUGGAAAUAUCGAGUGUACUACUGUUCCAAUUUAGCCAUUUAUGUAGAUAUUGUUUGAUUUGGUUUUGCACUUUUUGAUGUUUUGUUUAUUGUUUAUGACUAUUUUUGCUGUGUUUCUAAUUAUGUGAUUUUUAAUGUUGUAAGCUGUCUUAAUUUUGGAAAGGUGACAUACAAAUAUGAUUGAUUGAAUUGAUUUCCAUUUUCUGCAAGCAGUUUCUUUUUGCAUUUCAGAAGGCUUCAAAGAGGCAGCAGAAAAGUUUCGGAUGGAGUCUGGAAUUGAGCCCAGUGUUGAUUUAGAGACCCUGGAUGAAAGAAUAAAAAUUCGAGAGAUGAUCCUCAAAGGCCAGAUUCAGGAAGCCAUUGCACUGAUCAACAGCCUUCACCCAGAAUUGUUAGAUACGAACCGGUACCUUUACUUCCACUUACAGGUAAGAUUCACAUUGAAACUGGCAUUGAUUACAUUUAAAACUAAUUGACAGUGCUGAAGGAAGGUUGCUAUAUUCGGAAAGCCUUUUCUUCUGUUUUGGUAUCCUGUAUGUAUGGUGUGCGUUCUUAACACACUUUGGCCUGGUGUAGAUAGGAAUAAGCAGCAGAAUUGUAUGCCCGCUUCCUUCUCCUGGGGGCUUUAACCAUUGUUUAGCAUUCAGUGUUGUUAACCGUUGUCUUGGUCAACCAUAGUUUCCAUCUUAACCUGAGUUUCAAAUUAGGAAUUGAAGAAAAUUGUAGCGCCUGUUUUGAGAGGGAAACUAGUUACCAUUAACCACUGUUAGUGCUGAUUCAGGCAUACUAUUAAACCAUACUUAACAUAGGGAAGCAAGAGAAAAUUCAUGCUAGGAAAUGUAACCUGAUUUCUCUGACAUUGCUGCUUUUAACACUCUUUUCAGUAGCUAGUUCCCAAGUUCUAAUUUAAAGGCUUCACUUGAAUGCUCAGCUGACAUAUUUUUAGAAGAACAUUGAUCAAGUGAAAGAAACUGAAUGAACUGUAUUUAAUUUUUCUGUACGGUCUCCCUAUUUCUUUUUUGUUUCCUUUUUUUUGGUUGGCUGGUGCAGCAACAGCAUUUAAUUGAGUUGAUUCGGCAGCGUGAAACAGAAGCUGCGCUGGAGUUUGCUCAGACGCAGUUAGCGGAACAAGGCGAGGAGAGCCGGGAAUGCCUGACUGAGAUGGAGCGCACUCUUGCCCUGCUUGCUUUCGAUAACCCAGAAGAAUCACCUUUUGGAGACUUGCUCAACAUGAUGCAGAGACAGAAAGUAAUUGCGCUUAAUCCCUUGUAACUAAAAUUAGAUGCUGCGUGCCUCAUAAAAUGACACUUUUAAGAUAUGCCCUUUAUUACAUUAUAAAGAAAAGCUGACUGUACAGUUUUUCACUUUUCAUCAUCUUUUGUAAUAAAUCACGUGGCUUUUUUCUGAAAGUUUGCGGGUGGCUUUCAGUUAGCUUAUUUAUAUUUUUAGUUCAUUUUACGCCCCAAAGUUUGAGGAUGAGUAGCAUUUUUAAAAUGUUGUGAAAAAGCAAGCUUGAACCAGUUUAAUCUCUGGAUUGAUCAACUGACAUUUUACAGCACAAUGUGUCUACGCAGAAGGAAGUCCUAUUAAAUUAAAUGGGUCCCAGGUAAGGGGGGUUAGAAUUGCAGCUUUAGCUGGUCAGUUGCUGGGAGCAACUUUUACUUGGUGAACAUUAGAACAACAAGUUACUUUUGUUCUGUUUUAUUCUAACAGGAUGAAAAAGGAAAAUAUAGAUGACCUUUACCACUCCAGUAGGCUUUCUAAGUUACCACUCCCUUUAUCUCAAAAAGACCCAUACUGAGGUUUUGAUAAGGAGCUUUAUUUUUAUCAGAGGAACACUCUUCAAUUAAAUGCUGAUGUUUUUGUGGAAUUUGAUACUAACGUCUGAGCUUUGUUGAAAGGAAGUUACAGAGCUGGGAAAUAGCCACCGAGAGCCUCUUGGCAUGACCUCUUUCUUUGGAAAUUGAAAAAGACGAUUACUUUUUAUAAUAUUUCUAUUUUGCAAAGUGCUCUGCCAUAUCCUGCAGCUCUAUAGUUUGUAUUUUACGGGGGGGGGGGGGGCUUGAGACUGAUAUUUAGUCGCUUGCACAAGGCCAUGAUACCUGCGGAGGAAUUUAGUCCUUCAGGUCAAAAACUGUUGGUGGAUCACGUUGACUCUCUGUGACAUAUGCAUAUAUUGUGCUAAACUCAGUUGCUCAUCUCUCUCUAGGUUUGGAGCGAAGUUAACCAAGCUGUUCUAGACUAUGAAAAUCGUGAGUCGACACCCAAGCUGGCUAAAUUACUGAAAUUACUACUGUGGGCUCAGAACGAGCUGGACCAGAAGAAAGUAAAAUAUCCCAAAAUGACAGACCUCAGCAAGGGGACAAUUGAGGAACCCAAGUAAAAUGUGCAGGUGGACAUUUAACACUCGGAACUGCACAGUUAUAUACAUUUUUAAUCAGUCUGUGACUGAAAUAUUUUUACUACAGUUCAGGACUUUGCAAUUUGGUUGUGUGUGGGUUUUUUUGUUUUUCUUGGCAAGCAUACUUAAAGGGAGAUGGGUCCCUUUUUAAAAUGCAGCAGAUCAGCAUUGAGAAGCAUUGUUAUCACUUUGACCAUCUGACUUAGGCUAUGCACUGUCAUACAUUUUAAGCAAAAAACCAAGUCUUUCUUAUAUAUAUAUAUAUAUAUACUGUGCUGAAGGUUUGUAAUGUCUGGCUACUGAAACACAUUUCGGUGGCCAGUGAAUUAAUGUUGAAGCUCCUGGCAACUCUCCAGUUAACCUGUCUCUCACUUGAAUAUUGACUAUUUUCUGUGUUAAUUUAUAGCCAAAUAUGCAUUCCCUAUUUAUAAACUAGCAACUGGUUGAAGUGAUCAUUUUGUAAACCUCAUGGCAAUGUUGUUUUUCUGCAUAGAGUAUAGCAUAGGAAGCUUGUACGCUGUAAUUGGAAAUAAUUCCCUUGCUUUUCACACCUUGGUGACUUAUUUAUAUGGGGCUGAAUGUUAUAUUCAUGAUGGGCCUAGUUCUCUUCGAAGUAUUGCUGACAAUAAAGGCUUUUUAUUUUAUAGUUUUCAAGAAUGACAAAAAUAUGCCUCUGAAACAAGACAUGAAAUCACUUGGUAAUUAGAUUUUCUUUCAUUGAGGUUUUGUUUAUUUUUAUUUUUUUAAAAAAAAUAAUACCAGCCGUAGUAUUGGUGUGGGUGGUAGCUACAUCCUUAAUGCCAACAGUGUGUCUUGGGGGGUGGGUAUAAAAUACUCAGCUUUGUUGUUAUGGCUGGGGCCAUUUCCAGUUAGAAUAAACGUCUGAUGUAAUGCCGAUACACUGAAAUAGCAUUGAAGUUCUUGGGCUGUAAUUUAUAAUAAUGAUGGUGGAGGUUUUAUCAAGUUUCCUGCCUUGGGUAAAGAGAACUGUGAUUUUACAAAUCUUCCAUCUUGGAAUUCCCAUCUGAUAUUUUGAAUCACGGUGAUAGAGCUUAUUUCUACACCAGCUAAAGGCCCUGUAAUUCCACAAAGUCCCUCUUAUUUUGUUGCUGCCUUGUAAUUUUUGCUAAGGUGUGGGAUGCUGCAUCGCAUGUAUGACUGUCUUAAAGGAAUGUUCACUUGUUCCGCUGUUUAGUAUUAAGCACUAACCCUUGCUAUUUCAAAGAUGGUGAUACAAAACACCCAUUCAGUUAAGUUGCCAGCAGGGCUGUUGAGGAAACGGCAGAAUCCAGUAGAAAAGCUGUUAAUAAUGCUGCUUAUAGUCCUGUGGCUAUCUGGCCACUGUAGUUUUAAUUCCGACACAUGCACAAGCCUCCCAUGCAAAUCUUACAUGAAAGCAGCUUCCUCCCGGUUUGCACAAUCAAUUCAGUAACGUUUUAGAUGAUUCAUUCAGAACCUAAGCUUAGUGGGUAGAUGAUAAACCUAAAACGAUUUGGCUUCUAGCAUGCUUAGCUAGUCACUGGGACUCGCUAGUACAAUAAAUUUCAUACUUGGAAUCUUUUCCAUGCAAACCUCAUAGAAAUAUAUGGAAAUUGUUUGGGAGAGGUUCCUGGGGAAAUGUGCGCCCAUAGCUGCUGAUGACUACUGUGAAAACUUGUUGGCAUUUGUAUGAAGCUUGGCUCUAGAGAAGGCACUCUUGUUCAAGCUUUUGAGAUAUACUAGUUUCACAAGUCUAGUUGAAUAUAGUCCGUCUUCACCAACUGAAGCUCUGAUGCCACAGUUUUAAGCUGUUGCAAAACGGACCACCUGACUUUUAGUGUCAUGGGCUAGCUUUUUGCUCCUGAUAGAUGUUUCCUGUUAAAUGACCUGUAGCUGCAUUUAACCGAGAACAGAGAGUUGCAAUUUGUGUGGAUAAAGAUCUUUUGUUUUAAGAACAAUGUGAAACAGUGAAAGUGAAAUGGCUCUAAACCUUUCCUCAACUAUAACUAGCUUUUCUUCCUGUUCUUGGCUGUUGGAUGCAAAAGUGCAGGUUUGGAAAAUGUUUGGAGUUUCAACUUUCAGCACAAAGUUGAACAGGUCACUGCACCAGAAAUACUGCACUGCAACCCUGCUUAAGAAGAUUACUGUGUGUUUAGAGCACAAGGUUUCUUUCAAGAGUGCAAAGAUAACUGGAACUUCCAUUAGCUUACUUAAUUCAUUUAAUUUCAGAGCCAAAUAUGUGAGAUUUCCCCAAGAGGUUUAAAUAUGACAGUUGAGAUUUAUUUCCUUUGGGUUUUUUUUUAAAUAUCACACACUGAAGCAGCUUUAAUCUGUAAAGUUUUUUGGGUAACUUGAGAGAAAAUAUUUAAAAUGGUAUGAAAGAAAGCUAUGCAUUUUACAGAAAGUUCAAGGGUGUCAUCCCAAUGGUACUUUUAGGGAUCUUUAUAUUCAUGUGUAUAUAAAAUAGUUUGCAUAUACAAAAUAUAAUAUAAUCAGUUUGAAUUAUUCUCAAAUGGGGGAGGCUGUGAACCAUAACUUAUGAAAUAUUGUACACAGGAAUCAGCCCUCACUACGUAAAUGGAUUUGUCAUAUGCAUGAGAAAUGUCUUAUCCUGGUGGCUAUGGAUGAAUGGUUGCAAUUUUGUUAGCUCCAUAAUGUUAGAUCGCCACUCUUAACUGCUUAGCAUUAAAUACCACUUUCAACAAUACGUUUUACAUUUGUGUUUUUGAAAUGCUGUCAUAAAAAGUAUGUGUGGAAAAUAAGUUUAAAUGCCUCCCACUCCUUCACACUUAGUAACUGCUAACAGUCACAGUAGAGGAGGCAGGGUUGUGUGUACCCUUGAAAUAAUAUUAAUAUUCCUCAACAAGGUUCGAAUUUCAUAACAAGAAAAUUUUCGUUUCUAAGACCUUUAUAUAUCAAAUUGUGGUGAUUUGCAUAAUGAUUUUGUGUGUGGCAAUGUUUAGUUUAAUCAAGUGAUAUUUUUAUGACCUAAAAAGUGAUAAUUAGAGUAAAUUUAAUUUUUUAAAAAAGCAAAUACUAAAAUGUAUGAUGAGC